AUGUCAGAGGGUCUGGCAUUGCCAAUUCGAUUUGGACCAUCUUCAUCUCCCGUUGGAAGUCGGACAUCGAUGACAAUGGCGCAAGACCAAGUGAAUCAAGCAAGAAAGACCCAGAAGGGAGGAUGGGAAGAACGCCGACAUGAGAGGCGCAAGGAGGCGCAUAUACGCACUGCUCUGAUAGAACGUAACCCAAAGUCGAGCCGUGAGAGCGACCCACACAAAGAAGGCCGGUCGCCGGAUGAUUGGCGCGCCGUUGGGGCUGCAUUGAAUGAGAUACGGACACCAGUGUUCAGGUCGACGGAAGGGGCUGGACUUAGCCAGCGACUGGGUAAGAUCCUGUUGGACAGAGAAUGCUUGCGUCUGGCUCCUCGCGGCAGUUGA